AUGUCUUUGCCAUAUCAAUGCGUCACCACCUUGGGACAAGAUGGCAUUGUAGCUUCUGCAAGGGGCACUGCCAUCUUUACCUUUAGCCCGAAAGGAAUAUUGGUCUCGUCCUGGGAACACCCCGCAACGCAGCACAAAAACACCACCACUGGCGAUUCCCCAGCGGAGGACAAUGUCGAACAGGCAGCAGAGGAGCCCGAGGAGGGCUCAUCGCCAACCAAAAGGCGCAAGGUGGAGACAGUGACUGGUGUGGAAGCCGUAGCUGCCAGCUCGGGAGAAGGAUCGGAGCAGCAGGCGCAAGUCGAAGUCCAGGGAGAGGAGCAGAAGCGGACCAAGAAGGGCAGGCAUUUGAACAAACUGUCUCCCGCGGACCAGCCUCAUAUCAAUCUCUUGAGAACCACCUCAAAUGGGAGCCACUUGAUUGUGGUAACGGGCACGGACAAGGCUGUGUGGGUGUUUGAACAUGAUGGCGAGGGCAAAUUAACAGAGCUUAGCCAAAGAUGUAUGCCCAAGCGGCCGUGCGACCUGGCAGUGACGUCAGAUGACAAGACGAUUCUGGUGGCUGACAAAUUCGGAGACGUCUACUCACUGCCUCUCAUUCAGACGGAAGAGCUAGUUGAGGGCGCUGCGACCCCUAAGGGGUACCAGCCCAUGCCAUCCAAGGGCGCAGACAACUUGACCGUCCACACCCAGCGCAAUCUCAAGGCGCUGAUAGACCAGGAGCGCCAGCGCCAGUCCAACCCCCAGCCCAAGACCAAGGAGGCCCCCAAGUUUGUCCACGAGCUCCUGAUCGGCCAUGUGUCCAUGCUCACGGCCAUUGCCGUGGGAGCUUCGGCCAACGGCAAGCCGUACAUUCUGACGGCCGAUCGCGACGAGCACAUUCGCGUCUCCCGCGGCAUACCCCAGGCCCAUGUCAUUGAGAACUUUUGCCUCGGCCACAAGUCCUUUGUCAAUGCGCUGUGCCUCCCGCGGCCGGAUGUUCUAGUGUCGGGUGGCGGCGAUGACGAGCUCUACGUUUGGGAUUGGCUCAAUGGUACUCUGAAGGGCAAGACGGAUCUACUCGGUCCCGUCAAACAGGUUGUUCCCGAGGCCACCAAGGUUGCCGUUUCCAGGCUUGUAUCAUCACAAGACGGCUGGGUCAUGGUCAUAUGCGAAAGGGUCCGCGCCGUUUUCGCCUUCCUCUUUUCCAAUGAAAAGCUCACUUUUGUAGAAGCGCUCAAGGUUCCAGGCAACGCGCUCGACGUGGCCAUCAUCCCAGCCACCGAGAAGAGACCCAGCAGAGUCGUCAUUGGUUUCGACAACGAGACGGAAUCGACCAGCAGCGCGGCUGAACCUCAACUCGCAGUCUUUGAGGAGCGUGGGGAGUUCUGGGAGUCGAUCGACUUUGAGUACCAGGACACUGACAUAAGCAAAAUCGAGUGUACUAGAGCCAGCCUCGAUAAUGUUUUCUACGCUGUCGAGAACCUACGCAAGACUGAGAAUCCGUACGGUGAUGACGACGGAGAAGAUACGCCUGCAGCAGACUCUGAAGGACCUUCCUCGGCGGCGAACUAG